AUAUGUAUAUUAUAAUCAUUAUUUGAAUUUUAAUGUAUCCUGAUAAAUUCUUCGAACGUCUUCAGAUAAGAGUAUCGCGUAAAAGUUUUAUUUAAAACAAUAUAUUUGCAUAAAUAGAUAUUAUAUGUUAGAGUAUAUAUCCAAGGUUAUAUGCAUAUUGUGCACAACAGCUGCGAUAAAAGAUAAAUAUUUUUAAAAAGUCUGUUAAAACGAGUUCAAUUAGGCUGUAAACAGCUUACGCUACGUAGAUCAUAACAAGGACCAUAAUCAGGUCAGUAAGCGUCUGAAUCGCUGUCAGUGUAUAAAUUUAGCAAUGCAUGUCUAAAGCUACCGCCAGACUAUACGCGUAUUAGCAAUUCGUGAUUCGUAAUUCGCGAUUCGUGAACGGUAUAAAAAAAUCUGAUCGGUCGAAUUUGGCGAAUAUUCUAUCUAGAUUAUUCAUGAAUUAUAAACAAAUCGCGAAUACGUGCAUAGUCUGGCGCUAGCUUUACUCUUUACAGUAUCAAAUUUAAUGCGAACUCGGACGGUCAUCGCUGACAAUCGUUCGAUCGUCGAAUGAUAAAAUCGUAAAUAAUCCUAGAUACUGAUAAUGCAAGAUUAUAUGUGAAAAAAGUGCUCAAACUACGUGUAUGUCGUCGAACGAGAAGAUUAUUGUGAUUCUCCAUAAUUAAAUGUCAACAUAAAUUAGGAUAUUAAAAAAGAUGAAUUGUCAGCUGAUCAAUCGUUAAUUUUAAUAUACGAAUAUUACUGCUAUAUAUGUAUACAUAGUGCAUUGCGACAUCAAUCAUCAAUAAUUUAAUGUGUGACAUUUUAUGAGUUUGAUUAAUUUUGGUGAUCUCAUCUUAUCAAAUUGACAAAAUUUAAAACAAUGAUCUUGAGAAGAACAGACUUGUUAGUGUAUGUUUUUGUAGUGAUUUUGAGUGUCCCAUGCAUCUAUUUUGGUUUGAAAUAUAAUGUUUCUAAUAUACAGCCACCUAACAUUGUCGUCAUCAUCGCUGAUGAUCUUGGAUGGAACGAUGUUAGCUUCCACGGCGCCGAUGAGAUUCCUACACCAAACAUAGAUGCUCUCGCAUACAAUGGCGUGAUACUAAAUCGACAUUAUGUACUACCAAUAUGCACACCAUCGAGAACAGCUUUUCUUACUGGGAAAUAUCCCAUAAGGACAGGUAUGCAAGGCUAUCCCUUGCGAGGAGCUGAGCCACGUGGUAUACCUUUGAACAAUAUUCUUUUACCCGAGUAUCUUCGAAAAUUCGGAUAUGCCACUCAUCUGGUGGGAAAAUGGCAUGUUGGUUAUUAUACAAGGAAUCACGGACCUACUCGUCGUGGUUUCGACACUUUUGUUGGAUAUUAUUCCGGUUUCAUCCAAUAUUUCAAUCAUAUAUUGUACGAAAGUAAACAAUUGGGCUAUGAUUUGCAUCGUAUCGUGGGUGAUAAUCACAGGAUUGAAUAUAACUACGACUAUAUAACUGAUCUUAUAACCAAUGAGGCUGAAAAUAUUAUUUCAUCGCAUAAUCCUGCGAAAUCUCUAUAUUUGCAACUGACACAUCUUGCGCCCCAUUCUAGCGGUGUCGAAGACGCAAUGCAAGUACGCAAUUGGACAGAAACAAAUACCACUCUCGGUUACAUCGAAGACAUAAAUAGAAGAAAGUACGCAAGUGUCGUUGCCACAUUAGAUGAAUCAGUCGGCCGGGUGAUCGAUGCUCUGAGGAGAAGAGAUAUGUUGAAAAACUCGAUCAUCAUUUUCAUAGCCGACAAUGGAGCGCAAACUAAAGGAAUAAUGCAAAAUUCCGGAUCUAAUUAUCCGCUUAGAGGGUUGAAAUUCAGUCUUUUCGAAGGAGGCAUCCGCGGCGCAGCGUGCAUCUACUCACCCUUGAUUGAUCAUCCCUCGAGAGUUUCCACUCAAUUGUUUCAUAUUACUGAUUGGUUGCCGACAUUAUAUUCCGCGGCUGGCGGUAAUCCGAAAGAUCUGAAACAAUUGGAUGGCAUUGAUCAGUGGUCCGUAAUCAAGAGCGCGAGAGAUGGCAAACGGAAGUCAAUUCUCAUAAAUAUUGACGAGAAGACUAAUAGCGAAGCAGCAUUAAUAGGAUCUUAUAAACUUGUUAGAGAUAAGUCCGAGUACCAGAAGUAUUAUAAUUAUAGCGGUAACAACGCAUUGUAUCCCAAGUACAAUGCAACGAACGUACUAGCGUCCUCAGCUGCAUCAGCUAUCGCGAGUAUUUCGACUUUUGUGUUAAACGCAAAUAAAAUAAUGCAGCUGCGGAAAGAGGCCACAGUAGUUUGCAAGAAUUUUACAAAUUUCUCUAAUUGUAUGAAUCGCACCUGCUUGUUCAAUGUCUAUGAGGAUCCUUGUGAAACUAUGGAUCUAUCCUCGAAGUAUCUUAAGGACGUGGAGAGAUUGAACAUGUUCAUCGACCGCUAUAAAUCGGUCCUCAUGAACCAGACGAACGCACCCGUCGAUCCGGCUGGCUUUCCGAGUAACUUUAACGACACUUGGAUGCCCUGGUUGCCGGAUAACUAUCAGUCGAUCAGCGAAAUGCAUUACGAUGAAUGAAGUUACGCCGUAACGACGCUUCAUUCGACUUGGAUUAUGAAGUGGUAAAGUGCUGAUCAUCUUGAAAAUAUAACAAGAAAAAAA